AUGAAAGCGGUACGUGCCGGUAUGUGCGAAUACCAAAUGGAAAGAGGACGUAACAGCUCAGUUCUUCACUAUGGACACGCCAAUGCCCCCAACGACAAGCUCAUCGAGGAUGGCGAUAUGUGUCUGUUCGAUAUGGGACCAGAAUACAAUUGCUAUGCGGCGGAUAUUACCACUUCAUUUCCCGCGAACGGAAAAUUCACCGAGAAGCAGAAAAUGGUAUACAAUGCUGUGCUCGAAGCAAAUAGAGCGGUGUUCAAAGCAGCAAAACCAGGAGUUCGAUGGACCGACAUGCAUCUCCUAUCUGAAAAAGUGAUACUCACACAUCUCCAGAAGGCAGGGCUACUUACAGGUGAUAUCGACGAAAUGGUCAACGCAAGACUAGGAGCCGUAUUCAUGCCCCACGGUCUUGGUCAUCUCGUUGGUCUCGAUGUACACGACUGCGGCGGAUAUCUCGGG